GUGAAACUUGUUGCCCCCUGGCCCCUGAUGAGAGUCCAUGCGAAUAGUGGAGACACUGUACUGUCACUGUAACACACUUACGGCCCGGCGUCACCUCCCUCCAGGAAUGACUCUGGUAAUGCUCUACGUCGGCUGUGGAAGCUCCCGUCCCGCCGUGCCUUUGUGAGUCCUGACCGACCCAGACUCCCCAACAUGGCCUCAGCGGUAAUGUUAGCCCGCUGCACAUCUGUCCGGUUCCCCGCUGUGGCCACCGCCGUCCUGUUGCUGCUGUAUAUAAGCACCGUGCAUGCAUCCCAAGGCGACAAGGAGCCAGUUUACCGGGACUGUGUGAAGCAAUGCGUCGGGAGCAACUGCACCGGAGCUCGGCUGCGGAGCUUCCAGUCCAGCCAGCCGCAGUACAUGGCACUGACAGGUUGGACAUGUCGCGAUGACUGUCGCUAUCAGUGCAUGUGGACCACGGUGGGUCUCUACCAGGCCGAGGGGUACAGUGUCCCUCAAUUCCAUGGCAAGUGGCCGUUUGUGCGCUUCCUGUGUUUUGAGGACCCAGCCUCCGCUCUGGCCUCCCUGCUGAACGGCCUAGCCUGCCUCCUCAUGCUGCUGCGCUAUCGGAGCACGGUGCCACGCCAGAGCCCCAUGUACCACACCAUCAACGCCUUCUCUCUGGUUUCUCUUAAUGCCUGGUUCUGGUCCACAGUUUUUCACACCCGGGACACCUAUCUCACUGAGAAAAUGGACUACUUCUGUGCCACAGCGGUCAUUCUUUACUCAAUCUACCUAUGCUGUGUCAGAACGUUGGGUCUGAAGCGACCGGGGGUUUCCAGCAUGGUGGGGGUCCUGCUCAUCUUGGCCUUUACCUCUCAUGUGUCCUACUUGACCUUUGUUAGUUUCGACUAUGGCUACAACAUGGCGGCUAACACAUCCAUCGGCAUGGUGAACCUGCUGUGGUGGCUGUGUUGGUGCUGGCAGAACCGGCGGACGCUGCCCUACUGGUGGAAGUGCGGCCUGGUGGUGGUGCUGCUCCACGGCCUGGCUCUGCUGGAGCUGCUCGACUUCCCCCCGAUGUUCUGGAUCCUGGACGCUCACGCUGUGUGGCACCUCAGCACCGUACCAGUGCACUUCCUCUUCUACAGUUUCCUGAUAGACGACAGCCUCUAUCUACUGAACACGGAGAAGAUGGGUGUCAAAGUGGAGUAGGAGGACCUCGUCACUUCUUCACCCCGGGAACACCCUCGCACCCCUCCAAUCAGAGCAGCCGGACACUCGGACACGGAAGUGGCUCUGCCCCACGGACGACAUGCAUGACAUCCAUCAGAGUAGACUGUUUACAUGUUUUUAAUUUCUAUUUUAAAUAAUUUAUUUGGGCUUUACUUUCUCUAUUGUUGAUAUGACGAUUGCUCCACGACUUUUUUCCUUUUUAACAUCAAUGCAAAACAGGAUAAGCAAAAGAAAGUCUCCCACCACAGCAGACACAGUUUUUGACUUCGUAAUGAAAUAUUUUUGAUGCAUAUCCUGCUUUUCCGACUCUCUGCGUUUCUGAAAUUGAUCCCCUGAACCCAUGACUUUAAUGUCCCUCUCGCUGAGCGUUGCACUGUUGGCAGUUUGCUGUGGCUGACAAUAGAUGGCACCAGAUCCCCUGCCAGGCCAUCUCUGUGUUUGGUUCAGCAUGUGUCAGGGUCCAUCUGAGCCAAAAGUGGACUGGCUGACACAGAGACGACGAGCCCCUUGUGAAGUGGGCAGGUGGGGUCUGCCAGCGGAUUGUUCUAGAGAGAGAGGAGGGGGGUUUGAAGGCCAUUCGAGCUGACUGUGUUUUUUUUCUUCUUUUAUCACCAUCACACCUUUUAUUUUUGUGCCUGCAUUGUUUCCACUGCUGCUUUUGUUUCUCAUACUCUUCAUUAUCAUUUAUAUUUCCAGUUUUAUCAGCCACCUUAGUCGUUUUAAUUCUAUAUUGCGACCAAUUUGUUUGCUUUACCCUGUUUAAUGACUUGAUUUUGAAUUUUGGGUUGGGAUAUGCCUGAUGAACAUCAAAUGGAAAUAUUAUUUUAAUUCACCUGGAUUGCCUUUUAGUGUGAGGAGAAGGAGAAAAUGAUAGAGGUAGGGGAAAUAAUCUGCGACAGGAAGCUGGGGCCUUUUUAUUUCCAUCAAGAGUUUGAAUACAUUCUGGGGUUAUGUGGUGUGUGUGUGUGUGAGUGUUUAGAUGUAGCCCAUUAUUUGGAUUUGCAAUUCUUGCUGUAAUAUCCCCCAAAAUGACACACACACACACACACACUGCCAGCUGCUGUACAGAUAACUGCAUGUGAAAUACUCCCUCAUAACAUUUGUCAAUGAGAACAUUUCUUCUUUCUUAUCAACUCUUUCAUUUCCACUACACACCAAAACUCUUGAAUUCAUACCCUGUAUGUCUUCACCCCUCAGAGUCUCCCUUCCAUAUGGGCACUUUACGAGUGUGUGAACAUUUACGUGCAUUUUAUUGUCCGAAUUUCUGCCCAUGCCUUUUGUAUUUCUGUGCGAGAACAAUGACUGCGUACACGUUGCCUUGACUCAACAGCAUGUUGUUUUUGCCAUUGUAAACUGAAUCACUGUGUGUGUGUGAGAGAGAGCUAGAUUGUGCUCGAUCCUUUUGUAAAACUACUGAUGUAGGAGCAUGUGUGUGUGAAUGUGUGUGAGACGACGGGUAAAUGUAGCUUUGCUGACAGCCUGUGAUAGGGGUGGGGGGGAGAAAGAAAGAAAGACAGGGAGAGGUUGUCGUAGGUUUGGGUGGCAUAAAGAUUCCUGAAAUGAUGGCAGAGAUGCUGGCCUUAUGAGAUAAGAAGCAUUAUAUGGUACAUAUAUUUUUUCAGACCAAACUAUUGAUGAUAAACCACUGACAUUCAUAGUAUUAUGAUUGGGGCCAAAUGAUGACAUACUGUACAUUGAAAAAGCUAUAAUAACAAACAUUACUAGUUUGACAUCUGUUAUAAUAAGUUGAACAUUUCCUGAGAAUCAUGUAAUUGUUCUUUUCUUCACCAAUAACCACUGCCCUCUUCUUCCCUCACUCAUCUGCUGCCCUCUGCCUGCUGCCCUGCGCACAUCACCUCCUGAGUGCACUUUCCUCCACCUCACAUCUGAUGUUUGACCAAAAAAUCUAAAAUGGAACAAAUAAAAGUGUUCUUUGUUGAUGAGCAUUA